AUGAAGAUUGAGGUGGGUAUGGGAGGCGGGGCAUGGAACGAUGAAGAUAAGACUAUGGUUGCUGCUGUUUUAGGCACUAAAGCUUUUAAUUACUUGCUAUCAAAUUCAGUAGCUAAUCAGAAUCUGUUAAUGGCUAUGUGUGGUGAUGAAAAUUUGCAAAAUAAGCUCUCUGAUCUUGUGGACCGCCCCAACCCCUCGAAUUUCAGUUGGAACUAUGCCUUUUUUUGGCAGAUUUCAUGUUCUAAGUCUGGUGACUGGGUUCUUGGUUGGGGAGAUGGGUCCUGCAGGGAGCCUAAAGAAGGUGAAGAAUCUGAAGUCACUAGAAUUCUACGCCUUGAGGAUGAGACUCAACAGAGGAUGAGAAAGAGAGUAAUUCAGAAGCUGCAGACGUUGUUUGGCGAAUCAGAUGAGGAUAAUUAUGCCUUGGGAUUGGACCGGGUUACUGAUACUGAGAUGUUCUUUUUGGCAUCUAUGUAUUUCUCCUUUCCUCGCGGAGAAGGUGGUCCAGGAAAGUGUUAUGCCUCCGGGAAGCAUGUGUGGAUCUCUGAUGCAUUGAAAACAGGGCCUGAUUACUGUGUGAGGUCAUUUCUUGCAAAGUCGGCGGGAUUUCAGACAAUUGUGUUGGUGCCUACUGAUGUUGGUGUUGUUGAAUUAGGGUCGGUGAGAUCUGUUCCUGAGAGUAUCGAAAUGGUACGUUCAAUAACGUCAUGGUUUUCCACCCGGAAUUCAAGUAUCAGAGCCAAGCCAAUGGCCACUGCAGCAGCCACCAUGCCUGUGUUGAGUGAAAAGAAAGAUGAGAACUCCCCGUUUUCGAAUUUUGGGACUGUGGAAAGAGUAGAAGGAGUUCCAAAGAUUUUUGGUCAGGAUUUGAACAACUCAAAUUGUGGUCAUGGGCAUGGUUUUAGGGAGAAACUUGCCAUCAGAAAGAUGGAAGAGAGACCAUCUUGGAAUGCUUACCAGAAUGGUAGUAGGCUUGCAUUUCCUGGUGCUCGAAAUGGACUUCAUGGUUCAGGCUGGGCACAGAGUUUUGGUUUGAAACAAGGAACCCCAGGUGAGGCUUAUGGUUCACAAACCACAGCAAAUAAUCUACAAGAGCUGGUUAAUGGGGUUAGGGAGGAGUUUAGGCUUAACCACUAUCAGCCUCAAAAGCAGGUGCAAAUGCAAAUUGAUUUUACAGGAGCCACUUCAGGGCCUUCUGUAAUGGGCAGACCACUCAGUGCAGAAUCUGAGCAUUCAGAUGUUGAAGCUUCAUGCAAGGAAGAACGGCCAAGUGCAGCAGAUGAUAGGAGACCUCGUAAACGGGGCAGGAAGCCAGCAAACGGAAGAGAGGAACCCCUUAAUCAUGUUGAGGCAGAGAGACAGCGGCGAGAGAAGCUUAACCAGCGGUUCUAUGCAUUACGAGCUGUUGUGCCCAAUAUUUCCAAGAUGGACAAGGCUUCAUUGUUGGGAGAUGCUAUUUCUUACAUCAAUGAGCUUCAAGCAAAGCUCAAGCUAAUGGAAGCUGAAAGGGAAAAAUUGGGGAGCAUUUCAAGAGAUGCAUCGACUUUGGAUGUUACUGCGAACGGAGAAAGUCAUAAUCAAGCUCCAGAUGUUGAUAUUCAGGCUUCCCAUGAUGAGUUGAUGGUAAGAGUGAGUUGUCCGUUGGAUUCACAUCCUGCAUCAAGAGUGAUUCAAGCAUUCAAAGAAGCACAGAUCACUGUUGUUGAAUCGAAACUUUCUGCUGCAAAUGACACUGUAUUUCAUACAUUUGUGAUCAAGUCUCAAGGAUCUGAGCAGCUAACGAAGGAAAAGCUGAUGGCAGCAUUUUCCCGCGAAUCCAGUUCAUUACAGUCAUUAUCAUCAACUGGGUAG